CCCCUCCUCCCCUCCUCACACAUCCUCUCACCCGUGCUAUUUAAAAGCAUCUGCCCCUCCUUUGCCCUCCCCGACCGCCCUCGACACCUCGCCGCACCUCUCCAGACAGCAUGACCAGCCACGGCGACCCCCGUCUUCUCUACUCGAUUGGAGGCAUCAGAGCCUACCACAUCCAGCAGGGCGAAGAGCAGCCCCUGACGCCUACAGGAGCGCAGACUCUGUCCCUGUUGAUGGUCCCUACGAACUCGCCCUUCGCAGAUCUCAGCAAUGUACACGGCCAGAACGAAGCGCCAGAAGAGGACUUCUACCUGCACCUCAAUCUGCCCCCAGAGCUCGACCUCCCGCUCCCCGCGACUACGCAGAUAUACCACCAGCCGCCGCGGAGCUACCUGAUCCCGCGAUGGGACCUCGGCCCCGACAGCGGCGCCUUCACGAGAAUUGAAUUCCCACCGAUAGGCACCGGGCCGAAUACCGUCACUCAGGAGGACAUUGACACAUUUGAGACCAUACUCGCGCAAUGUACGGCAUUCCUCGAGCGUGCGCAGGCACCGCGGUCCUCCAAGGGUGGUGCUGCAAAAACAUACAACCCCGCAGACUACGCCCCGGGUGAGGGUUACGUUGGGUCUGGCAAGCAGGGCGAGAUUGUGCUUGUGGACGAAGACAACGGCAGCGUAGUGGGCGAGCUCGCAGAAGGCGCUCAGAUUGUAGAGGAUCCCAAAUUGAAGCCUGGAUCGAAGAAUCCGGUUGAGAUCGUCGUAUCCGCAGAUGGCAAGAAAAUCAAGGUCCAACCCCUAUCGGAAGAUUACCUUGAAAUCGCCCGCCACCCCGCCUACAAGGACUCGAGUCUCGUGCAGAACUCGGCCGCCGCAUCGCGCCUCAUCGUUACCGGCUCCAGCUAUAUCAGCAACAUGAUGAUAUCCGGCGCGGAAUCCUUCAUGAACAAGACGAAGCCGGCCGAGAAGCCCAUGGUCUUCAAGCCCGUGACCCACGACCGCGUCCGUAAAAUUAACACGCUUACGACUGGCGUUGCAGGCUUCUCUGCCAAGACCGUGGGCCAAGUUACAAAGUACGCGCAGAACUUCAGCGCAGGCAUGGCGGGCAAGAAGGGCAAACAGUCAAAGGCCGUGCUACCGGACGGCUCGCCAAACCCCGAGUACAAGCCCGGCCUACUCAAUAAGUCCCUGAUAGCCUUCUCUACGGUCGCUGACGGCAUUGCGCACUCGGGUAAGACCCUUCUGACGAACAGCGGUGCAGCGGCCAGCGCGGCAAUUGGACAUAAAUACGGCCCCGAAGCCGGUAGUCUGGCGGGUGACCUUGCUGGUGGUGUCAAGAACGUGGGCCUCGUCUACAUCGACGUGACGGGUGUUUCUCGAAGAGCUAUUAUCAAGUCGGUAGCCAAGGGCAUGGUUGUCGGCAAGGUCAAAGACAAGCACGGCGCCGAGCAGACGGUGAUGGUUGGAGGAGGCGAUGGAGGCGUUAUCAACCCUUCCGAUAUCCAGCCAGGCGUCAAGAACACCGGUAUUCCUCCUGGUCAGAGCUCUGGUCCUGCUUCGCAGAUCGGAUUCGGGAACAGCGCUCCCCCAAGCUACAACUCGGGGGUUGGCGAGCCGCUUCAGGGGCAGUCCGCCUACGGAUAUCCGCCAGAGAAGCGGUGAGCUGUUUCCUUCGAAGGCCAGAAUUUACGAGGUACGAAAUUCAUGAUAAUUCUGGGAUGAGGUCAUCAAGGAGCGGUAGGUGGAGGACUAUGGCGUUUGGCUCGGGAUUGCGUUUGUAGACCCCGGUCAUUCAGACACAUCUUUUCUCUCUUCACUGUUUGUCGAUUGCGGUUCCGAUAUAUACCAUGGCAAUAAGAACAUUCCUGAAUUGUGCGAUUUCACUCUUCCCCGA